CGGGCCGGCCUUGUAGAAUUAGAAUUUCUUUUUCAGGCAAAAAAAAAUUGCAUCGUAAUUAAUUUUGGUCUUGAUUGCUAACCCAUCGUGUACGCCCUCUUCUUCUUCUACCUCUGAACAAGUCAAGCUCCUCUUCACCACUAUAUAACGCCCAUUUCACCAACCUACUGCCACUCAAAGGUAGCUCACACCCACACACAUCGUCGCUUGCUAGCUCUAGCUAGAGGCCUAGAUUAUGGGCAACAGCUUGCAGCUGCCAUGCCCGCCGUGCCAGGAGGCCACGGCGGUGGCGGCCGCCGCGGGAGUCGUCGAGAAGAGGAGGAGGAAGAAGCAGGCGCCGGCCGGCGGCGGCAGGAGCGACAAGGCCAAGGCCAAGGCGUCGAGGUACGUGGUUGUUCCGGUGCUUGACACGCCGGAGCGGGAGAUGAAGAGCGCGUGGCCGGGGUGCCGCGUGGAGACCGGCGGCGACGGCAUGCGGGUGACGGUGGUGAUGAAGAGGAAGGACGCGGCGGAGCUGAUGGCGAGGCUGGAGGUGCGGUGCGCCCUCGAGAGGAAGGCCAGGAUGGUGGAGCUUAACGCCGGCCUCACCGGCGGCAGCAACGGCGGCGUGAUGAGGCCGUGCCGAGACGGGUGGGCGCCGCGGCUCGCGAGCAUAUCGGAGAUCAACUAGCCGCAGGCAUGGCUAGCUAGCUCCGAUGUGCUGCUUGAUCUCCAAUCUGCCUGCACAUAUUUUUUGGAUCACUGAAAAAAGUUGUGAAAUUAUAGAUAUCUCAGGUAUUUUAGCUAGCAAGUUAGUGACAGGGUGAAUUGGUGAUUUUCUCCUCUUCCUCUUUGGCUUCUUGAGAAGAAGAUGUCUCUGUCGGUUUCGCCAUGGCGCAGCACACUGAAAGUGUAUGCAGAGAGUUGUCAAAUUGGACAGCUUAUGAUGAACAUGACAUGUGUGUAAAUAGUGAUGUUCUUGUUUUUGUAAGACGCAUGCUUGGCCUCAUGCUUACUUCAUAAAA